AUGGAUGAAUUUGUACAUUGGUUACAUGAAAACGGGGCAACUUUUCCUAAAGUUAGGUUUGGCAAAGAUGAAAGUGGAAUGGGUGGCUGUUAUGCCGUGCAACCGAUUCAUCCAAAUGAAAUAAUUGCCACACUUCCUUUAAAUCUAACAAUAUCCCAUAAACUCGCUCGUGAAUACUUACCAAUUCUAGCACCACUUAGUUGUCGUGCAGCGCUUGCUACAUUUUUAGUUCAUGAACGGCUUCUUGGAAAAUUGUCUUUUUAUCAUCCGUAUAUCAAUAUUUUACCAAAGCAUAUACCCACUCCUUUGACUUAUACGGAACGAGAAAUGUCGUGGUUAAGAGGGACAAAUCUCGGUUAUGGCAUUGAGAGUAGGAAAGAAUUGUUGAGGAAGGAAUUUGAUGAGAUUUUAGAAAUUGUAUCAAAUGAUGAACUCAUUAAUGGAUGUUUUCCAAACAAAUUAAUUGAUCCAGACGAUACUGAAGUAAAGGAAGCUUUAUUUCCAUUAAUUGAUUCUUUUAAUCAUAAACAUCGACAGAAAAUUACUUGGGAAGUCCAUGAAAGGAAUGAGUUACGCUUAGUUGCUGGUAAUUAUAUGGAUUCCGGUCAGCAGAUAUAUAAUAAUUAUGGUGCUAAAUCCAAUGAAGAAUUAUUAGUAGGUUACGGGUUUUGUAUUCCUAAUAACCCUGAUGACUGGGUAGUGAUUAAAGUAAACAUUUCGCAAGAUCCUCAAUGUGAUGAAAAACUAGAUUUUUUAUCAAGUCUAGAACUUUCUGAACUUACUCAUUUUAUUAAAAGAGAUUAUAUUCCUUUAAAAUUAUUAUCUCAAUUACGGGUGCUUGUAAUGAACUCUGCAGAGUUAAUCCAUUUUAAAAAAUUACAAGAACUUCAAUGUAUUAAUAUAAAUGAGCCUAUAGGAUAUCGAAAUGAACUUGCAAUGUUAGAGACUUUUUCUAAUUUGUUAAAAAUGAAAUUGGAGGUUCUUUAUGGUCGGGACGAAGAAUUUAUUGGAAUAAGUUCUGCGAGAGAAUCUGAGAUUGCAAGAAAUUGUAAAAUAUAUAUUGAUGGACAAAAGGAAAUUCUUACAAGUGCACUUGCAAUUAUUCAUUCCAAAGAGUUAAUUAUUCUUAAAGCAGCAUUAAAUGAUUCCAAAUUUACUAGAAUUCCAACAUUACCCUUUGUUUGCAACAAUAUUAACAUUGAUUAUAAUAGCAAUAACACAUCUUUUAACGACAUCAAUCCAAUAAUCCUCGCUAAAGAUGAUUUAUUAGAUUUGUUGUUGAUUACUAUUGAUAAAGUAAUGAAAAUUGAUAAAAAAUUUUCGAAAGCUAUUAAUGAAAUAUUUAGUGAAGAGUUGAUAGACAGUGAACAAGAUACAAUCUUGAUACUUUAUUUAAUUUAUGAAAGUCAAUAUAUUGAAAAGUCUGAAUGGAAGUUAUUUUUUGAAGUUGCUAUUAAAUACGAUGAUUUUUAUAUACAAGAAUACGAAGAAAAAAUUCAAGAAUUAACAGAAUUAUAUAAUGAAUUACAACCACUUGUUUGUAAUCCCGACGUUAAAUUAUUUGACAAAGAUGUGUUUAGUAUUGAUAAAUUAAUUUGGUCAACAUGUAUUUUCGAAAUAUGCUCUGUCACUUUUACGAAUAAAAAUAAAAAGCAACAUUUUGGAAUUGUACCUUUGUAA